AUGCAAACGGAGGAAGAGGUGGAGAUGGAGCUUGCCCUCAAGCAUCCUGACCGACAGAAUCCCGACAUCGGGCAAGCAGUGCGUGUCAUCAAAGGCCCUUUGAAGGGAUUUGUGGGCACAUUGCGAAACGUCACGUACCACGGCGAUUACGAAGUUGAGCUUGAAGCCAAGCUUUUAACCUCGAGGGGCGUCCUCUUGUUCCAAAAGCCCGAGAUCGCAUUCCGGUCAGAAGAAAGGGGCAACAUCGACACGGCGAAGCAUGGUCCGCUCCCUGAGCAGCCUCGGACCUCAUUGGGCCACGAAUUAGAACCCGCGUCACACGACACAGAUUCGGCGUGGGCGUAUUUGGUGGAACUUAAUGGACCCGAUGGAUCGAUGUCUUUAGUCGAACCUAAUGCCGGUCAACUCCGAGACAAGCUGAUGACCACGGUGAAGGGAGCCUCCCCAGUGGACGGCAAGGUGCGAUGCGAAUACUGGACGCGAAAGCUAGAAUAUGCCGAUGUCUCUCUCCAAGACCUCGUCAUAUUGCGACCAGGCCCUGGCGAUUAUGCGAUCAUGUGUAAGCAUGGCCCCAACUUCGGAGCAUACGGCAAAACGAUGCGGGGCAUGGCAGACCCGCUUGUUCUAGUACUGGAAGAAGGCAGCAGGACGCUUAGGGUGGAUAGGGAUGACUUGGCCCAGCUUGUGUGCAAAUAA